GCUGUUGACAUGCAUGUGAUUGACUGACUACAGAAGAAAGUCUUACAGGUCUUGUAUCCAGACAUACCUCAGCCUUUCGAACCAACUCCUAACAAUAACUUAAGCACGUAACGCAGGGCGGUGAGCCCUCCAAUGGCGGCGAGCGCAAAACCCACACCCAUCAUUUUUCUGCCGCGCGUAUCUCCUCGCGCGAUAACCCAGAGCGCAAGCCUCAACGCAACAACAACUACUGUAGUAAAUCCUUCAAUCCCACCAACUCUUCCACCCCAAUGCUCCUCCCCCGACGCCUGGUCACCUCUCUAUUCCAAGCAGCUGUUCCAUCAGCUCGCCCAACCUCCUCACAAUGUCUCCUCCCCCGCACUCAUAACCCCAUCCGCCCGGUUCUCCCCUCCAGACUGCACCAGCUUCGCUCCAUAACCACAACGCCCAUCCCCGCAGCCUCCACCCCUUUCCGCCUCACCAGCAGCAGCAGCAGCAACACCCCACCCAAACCCGAGACCGAAACCCACUCCGAGAUCCAACCCGAGACCGAAACAGCCCAUUACCGCGACCCAAACGCCUACUACAGCCCCUACAAACCCAAGCGCCAAUGGCCCCCGGACCUUUCGAAGCUCUCCCCGAAGCACCAGUUCCGGCUCGAGCGCAAGUACCGGCGGCGCGCGGCGUUGAAGUACGCCCGGCCUAAGUGGACCAAGUUCACCAAGCUGGCGCAGUGGUUUAGUAUUGCCUUUGUGCUAAUUUAUGCGAUGUUGUUCAUGGAGUGGGAUGAGAAGGGGGGUCCGUUCGAUGAUCUUCGGAAGGCUUUCUUUGGAGGGUUAAAGGGAGCGUUCUCGACGCCCGCACCGCCGAGACCUAUCAAACAGUCUGAUGAAGAGAAGUAAAGGAACUGGCUACUAUUCACAGCUUGACGGCUAUUUCUCAAAGGUCGAUCUAGACAAAGAAGACCUACAAACUGUAUAUUACCUUGUCCAUGUACAAGUAAGAUGAUACAAUAAUGACAUCCAAGAAGACCCUUAGUAUUGAACUGUCGGCCGUGAAAAAAAGUCCGAACCUAAAGC